UUCUACUUGCAGAGUCAGACAGCUUUUGUCCAGCAGCAGUCGUUUUCUGAGUGUUAGAAGAUUUAAGAUGGCUUCCGCUGUUUUUCAUAAACUGAAGUGCAUGUUGGAGUGCUUUUCACGGGCAAUAAUAAUUGCACAACCAACCGAUGUUGAAGAGUUUGGAAGACAGUAUUUUUUAGAGCUGGCUGAAUUUGGGAAAACCAUGCCGGGCCUGGACCAAGCAGAAGUUGCGUUCCACUUUGAAGAAAAGUGGGAGAUAGAUUUCCUGACACGUAGUCAUGACAAAAGGGUUCAAAAACCUUCAACUGCUCCUCCUCCGUCCUCUACUACCUGGCAGCAAAAACCACGUCCACCCCCCCUAAAGAAGAAACCCCAAGGAUAUGUCCAGACCGACAACAGAAGACCAAGGAGUCAAGUACCUGAAAAAAUGGUUACGUCAAAGCAAAAUUUAAAGCCAAAGCCAAAACCGACAAAUGAACCGCAGGAGUCUGCAAAGGGUAAAUUAAACAGGACUCCAGGGCACGCAAAUGCCAAAGAAACAGACAGAAAGAACCAAACGUCUUCAAAGGCUCCAAUUAAAUCUAAACCACCUAGUGCAAAGGCUCCAGUUAAAUCUAAACCACCUAGUGCAAAGGCUCCAGUUAAAUCUAAACCACCUAGUGCAAAGGCUCCAGUUAAAUCUAAACCACUUAGUGCAAAGGUUCCAGUUAAAUCUAAACCACCUUGUGGAACACGACCAAAGGUAAAAGAUGAAGGAACAAAGCAAUCCAAGUCAAAGAAAACAACACAGCAUGAAGAGAAGGCUAAGAAGGAGACGCCAGCAGCGGAAAACAGAGGAAACAGAGUGCUGUGGAUAGACAGAGAGAGGGUCAAACCAAUUUUGGGGGGCAGAGAUGGAUGCCCUCUGCGUCCUGGAGUGUACAUCCCUGAUCCAGACCAGCCGCCCAUUCUCAUACACUAUAGACUGCAGUGGACAGAUGACCACUCUCAUCGUCAUUAGGAAACAGACACAUUUAGAUGCAGAUCCAAUUAGAUCAGAUUCAAUGUCUAAGUUAUCAUAAUGAUGCAUUAUCACCAAAACACUUAGAACUAGCCCACUGCAACAACACUUUUUAUUGCUAGACAUUAAUGUAUGUCAACUAAAAAGUGCAAAGUCUCGACACAGUUAAAUAAAACACACCAUUAAAAUAGACUUUUCGAUUCCCCAUAAAUGAUUCUUUACUCCAUGGUUCUCUCCGGGUGCUCCGGCUUCCUCAUAAAGCCAGUCAACAUGUUUCUGAUGAAAACGUGUCCCUCUAAAUUGCCCCUCGCUGUGCCUGUCUGUCUAGCGUCUUUUUGCAUUGCCUCGACUAGCAACCUGUUCAGGGUUUGAGGCAGAUAAUCAUUUAUUUGUAAAACCACCAUUCAUUCACAGGCGACAUAAAUAGACAUAACCUCACAAAACGAAAGAAACAUUAAAAUGACAUUUAGAUACAUAAAAAGAAAAUUUUUGCUGGAAAAUCAGUUUUAUGAAUAUUAUUAGCAUAUUAUUGUUAUUGUUCCAACCUCGCUUGCCGUUCACGCUGUGUGCAUUCCUUCCGCCCUUGCCUGCUGCUUACGUUGUGUGCAAAGUCUGAAUAGAGCCUUUAAUAAACAUCUAAUAAACAUCUUUAGAACUGUUUCUGUAUCCGACUGUGUCUGCAUGUGGGCCAAACACUUUAAAACCAUGACAAGUACAAAUUACUAUUAAUACAUAAGUGAUAGUUUUAUCAUUAUUUUUAUUAACAACAAUUGUUGCAGUAAUGUUGUUGUCAUUGUUGUUAAUUACCUAAUUAACACUUUUAUGCAAUGAUUGCUGGGCUGAUGAGGAGGGAAAUAGAAAGCAGGUGAGAUUAAUCAAUGCAGUGCAGCUUAGUUGGGACCUCAAUGGAGCUCAGAGCAAAGAGAAAUCUCUUCAACACGCUUUGUGCAAUUUUUCAUAGACAGAACCAAAUUCCACAAAAAAUGGACUGAAUAAAAUAGAGCUCAAGGCACUUUUAACUAGAGCAUCAUAUUCACCCAGUAGCACUCGCAAACAUUCAUACACCGAUACGCAGACAGAUUAGAAACAAAAAUGGGUUCUUCAACACGUUCCUUUCUUUAUGUAUAUACUGUAUGUUCUGUCUGCAUGCGUGGUUAC